GCCCUCAGCAGCUUGGCGGCGCACUGCUUCUGGCCUCGAUAGGCGGCGCAGUGCAGCGGAGUGUUGCCCAACUCGUCUGUGCAUUCCAAGUUGGGCGGCUUCUUGCUGCUCAGCUACACCCACGCACGCCAGAGAGAAGGAACAGAGCGCUCAAGACCGCAAUCGACGUGGACCUCUGGAGAGUCCUGGGGGUUGGUUUGCCUGCCAGCCACUUUAGCACAUUUGAGCAGGACCCCAGGAAGAAUGGCACACGAGCAGGAGAUAAAAGAGGUGCCCGAGAGAAGACUGGUGCUGAUCGGUGGUAAAAGGGAUGGUAAAACCGCUUCAGCCAACACGAUACUGAGAAAAGAGCAGUUUGAAUCCGGACGGACUCGAACAGCUCAGUCGGAGAGCAGACGUGAAAUAGUCGAAGGUCGGGACCUGAUGGUGGUUGACACUCCAGGAUGGAAGAGUUCUUCCUCCCUCAGCGAGAUCCCAGAGAGAGACAAGCAAGAAUUUAAACUGCAUGCCUUCGAGUGUCCACCUGGACCGCAUGGUUUCCUCCUCGUCGUCCCCGCCGACUCCAGGUUCUCCUUCAACGAGAAACUGACUGUGCAGGAACACAUGAAGCUGUUGGGGGAACGGGCGUGGCGAUACUGCAUGGUGCUGUUCACCUUUGGGGACUACUUGGGGAACAGCACCAUUGAGCGGCACAUAGAGAGCGAGGGUGAAGCGCUAACCUGGCUGAUAGAAAAGUGUCAGAACCGAUACCACGUGCUCAACAACAAUGACAGGAGCGAUCCGUCUCAGGUCACUCGGUUGAUAGAGAAGAUUGAUCAAAUGGUGGGUGACAAUGACAACACCUUCUACGUGGUGGAAGAUCACACCUUGAGCACCAUCAAGAAGAACCAAGAAGAAGUAACGGAGAAGGCCAAAGAGAGAUUGACGCAGUCCUUGGAACAGAGAACGAAAAUGAAAAGAAUUGUUUCAGAAAUGGAACCCAUCCAGGAACUUCGUAUGAUUCUCCUGGGCAGCCGCUUUGUUGGGAAAACAUCUGUAGGGAACACCCUCUUGGGAAUCCAAAAAAAUGACAAAGGAAGAACAACAUUCUCUCAGGUCCUGCAGGGCUCAUUGGCCGAGACCAAAAUUACAAUUGUGGACACUCCUGGUUGGCGGAAAGGUUUUCCCGCAUGCAACACACCAGAAAUGAUCAAGGACAAGGUGCUGCAAAGUAUCUUCAAGUGCCUCCCGGGGCCCCACGUUUUCUUGCUGGUGAUCAACGCAGAUACUUCCUUUAACGCCCGGCACCUGGAUGCGGCCACCUCUCACGUGGAGUUGUUCGGGGAGGGUGUGUGGAAACACACAAUGGUGGUAUUCACCCGAGGAGACCGGCAAGGGUCCCACAGCAUAGAGGAAUACAUCGAGACCGAGGGGAAAGCCCUGCGGUCUCUCGUGGACCGGUGCUGUAACAGAUAUCACGUCUUGGACUGUAUGAACCAAUACAUAAGCACCCAGAUCGACGAGCUGCUGGAGAAAGUCAUUCUGACUGUGGCAGGGAACGGACGCCAACAUUUUCGACCCGAUCAGAAGAUGAUGGAGGCCCUGAUGGAAAGAGAAAAAAGAGUGGAAAACGCCGCCAAACGGAGAAGUCAAGUCAAGGCCACCAGAGGAGACGAAGGGCGGUUAGACAGCGUGAGGGGAAGCUGCGGUGAAGGACGUCUCCUGAAGUCCAGUUUCUACCGUGUUCAGCUCCAUUUUGUGCCGGCUGCACUACAGCUUUCUGUCGGCAAGCAGGCUCAUCACCGUCGUCGAUGGCGCCGAUGACUUUGAUGUCGUCUGCAAACGUCAGGGGUUUG